AUGGCCCCCGGCGCCGAGCGAGGCCGCAGGGCCGCGGGCUGGGGACUGCGCGGCGCCCUGGCGGCGGUGGCGCUGCUGUCGGCGCUCAACGCCGCGGGCACCGUGUUCGCCCUGUGCCAGUGGCGCGGGCUGAGCGCGGCGCUGCGGGCGCUGGAGGCGCAGCGAGGCCGGGAGCAGCGCGAGGCCGGCGCCCUCCGCGCCUUCCUGGCCGAGCUGAGCCGGGCCCCCCGCGGGCCCCCCGCGCCGCCGCCCCCGGACCCCGCGAUCGCAGCGCGCAACAAGCGCAGCCACGGCGGGGAGCCCGCGCCGCCGCCGCCGCCGCCGCACGUCCGCGGGGAGAGCCAGGACAUGCUGAUGAUGAUGACCUACUCCAUGGUGCCGAUCCGGGUGAUGGUGGACCUCUGCAACAGCACGAAAGGCAUCUGUCUGACAGGACCACCUGGCCCACCAGGCCCUCCAGGAGUAGAUGGGCUGCCGGGACACAAUGGAUCGGAUGGACCGCCUGGUGCUGAGGGCCCCAGAGGUGAAAAAGGAGCCAACGGGAAAAGAGGAAAAAUGGGGCUACCAGGAGCCACAGGAAAUCCAGGGGAAAAGGGAGAGAAGGGAGACCCUGGGGAGCUGGGCUCACCUGGAAAUGAGGGCCCACCAGGGCAGAAGGGCGAGAAAGGAGACAAAGGAGACGUGUCCAACGAUGUCCUGCCAGCAGGUGCCAAAGGUGACCAAGGCCCACCCGGCCCACCUGGACCUCCUGGGCCCCCAGGGCCUCCAGGGCCUCCUGGAAGGGGAAGAUCCAAAGGCCUUCGCCAGCCAAAUGUGUUCAAUGGCCAGUGUCCAGGUGAGACAUGUGCCAUACCAAAUGAUGAUACCUUGGAGGGCAAAGUCGAUGAGAAUGUCAGUGACCACCAGCCCCCGCAAGCAGAAUCUAUGAUCACGUCCAUUGGCAACCCAACCCGGGUUCUAAAAGUGAAAGAGACAUUUGGCACUUGGAUCCGAGAGUCUGCUAAUAAGAGCGAUGACCGGAUUUGGGUAACUGAACACUUUUCAGGCAUCAUGGUAAAGGAGUUCAAAGAUGAGCCGGCUCUUCUGAAUGGCAGUUACUCGCUCAUCCACCUCCCUCAUUACUUCCACGGCUGUGGGCAUGCUGUUCACAACAACUCACUCUACUACCACAAAGCGGGCUCCAACACCAUAGUGAGAUUUGAAUUUGGCAAGGAAACAUCCCAAACUCUGAAGCUUGAAAAUGCCUUGUAUUUUGAUCGAAAGUACCUUUUUGCGAAUUCCAAGACUUACUUCAACCUAGCCGUGGAUGAGAAGGGUCUCUGGAUUAUCUAUGCUUCCAGUGUGGACGGCUCAAACAUUCUUGUUGCCCAGCUGGAAGAGAAGACAUUCUCGGUGGUCCAGCACAUCAACACCACCUACCCCAAAUCCAAGGCCGGCAAUGCUUUUGUGGCCCAAGGCAUCCUCUAUGUCACUGACACCAAGGAUAUGAGGAUUACAUUCGCCUUUGAUUUGCUAGGAGGGAAACAGAUCAAUGCAAACUUCGCGCUAAGGACUUCCCAGUCUGUUCUCGCCAUGCUGUCCUACAACAUGAGGGACCAGCGUUUGUACUCUUGGGAAGAUGGCCAGUUAAUGCUCUAUCCUGUGCACUUUCUGUCGGCGACAUUACACCAGUGAUGCGCUGACCGCCCCGCCCCUCCCCUGCCCGCAGUACAUGUUACAUGUUUUCUGAGGCCCUUUCCAUCCCAACAGGAAACUCGUCUGUAAAGGGCAGCCAGGUACUUAGAACCAGA